AAUCUGGUAAACAGACAUGGAAGCACCAGGAGAAGACCUCCUUAGAAGCUGAACACUGCAUUCGUUUCUCUCCCACCGUCCUCUUUGUCAUUCACCCCGUGCAUCCAGUUGCUGUUCACCGACCUGGGGACACAUUUAGAGCUCCAGUACCCAGGGCCUCGAUAUCCUCUCUGGUGUGUGCCAGCCUGCAAACACUAAAGCCGAUGAGGAUUGGCUGAUCACAUUAAAAAUAAACUCCUUGUUUCUUGUUCUAUCAAGCGGAAAGAAUGUCGGAAAGGGCCGAGGAUGACGUCAGGGGGGAGCAGCGCCGAGCGGCCAGGCAGCAGCUGAAGCAGCAGCAGAUCCAGCGGGGAGAAGGCUCCACAGCAAUGGCGACUGUUGCGGAGCGGAGAUCGCUGCCUAGUCCUGAAAUAAUGCUGGGACAGCCUUGGAGCAGCUGGGUCGACGCCGCCAAACUCCACGGACACGACGGUGCUGAAUCGGAGGAAAGUUUCAAAGACUUAGGGAAAAAUCGAGAAGCCAUGCGUUUGUGCAGAGAAGACAUGCCCAUAUUUGGUCAGUGUCCCGCACAGGACGACUUCUACCUGGUGAUGUGCAGCCACUGCGGUCAUGUGGUCAAGCCACAAGCCUUCCAAGCACACUACGAGAGAAGGCACAGUUCCACCAGCAAGCCGGUCUCCACGUCGCCCUUCCCGGUGUCGGGCAGAAACCGAAGUGCCGGCAGCGGACUGAGCUCGGGCUCCGUGGCCGGAGUUCCAAGCGGAGGGAUCCCCGGCCGAACGUCCAGCGCCCUCUCCAGCGUGUCGUCGUUGUCUUCGUCGUCAUACUCCUCCAAUCCAAAAUUUCCGAAAUCAGCCAAAGACAAGCUGCAAACCAUUCAGCGAAGACCUACCCACUCCACGUGCAGGACGGGCUCGUCUGACAAAAUCCCAGCUGUGAAGGUGGAGAAGAUGAACCUGUCAGCGAAGCCGCUGCAGGCUCCCUCCGCCCCCGCCGCCGCCACUUCCUGCUCCUCCUCCUCUACGCCCUCUUCUAACACCACUGUGAGCACUGCCGCCAUCACGACUCCCACGUCGUCGUCGUCGUCCUCAUCAUUGCCGUCAUCAUCAUCAUCAGCCCUUAAACCAGGCCUUAACUGUCCCCCCAUACCAAAGCCUCCAUUGCUGGUUUCUGGUCCCAUUCCCAACGGCAAGGGCCUCCCCGCAGACAAGAAGCAAGACAGCAGCACCAGUAGCAAACGCCACGUUAACAAGAAGGUCUCAGAGCGUGAGUUCAACCCUGAUAUUCACUGUGGCGUUAUGGAUGCUACAGGUCGGAAACCCUGCACAAGAUCACUAACAUGCAAGACACAUUCCUUAGGCCAUCGGAGGGCCGUGCCUGGACGACGGAAGCGCUUCGACAUUUUGCUGGCAGAACACAAGAACAGAACGAGAGAGCGGGACAGGGAACGAGAACUGCACCAAACCCAUUCCCAGCAAACUGCCCCUCUCAGGGACCCACACCCCUCUCCCCAGCUCGCCCCUAGCCAUGACACCCACCCGGUUUCUCAUGGCAACGGACCAGCCCCUGAUACCACGAAGCCUUUGCCACUCGGAAAGCCCAAAUUUCACAGUCCUGGUCUUCCACGACUGAACAACAGUCACGCUGGAGGUUCCUCUGGAGAUCCUUCGGUAGUCCACGAGUCCCUGCACCAUCCCCAGCCCACCCCAGACGUUUUAUCCAGACCCUCAAGCGACGAGGGGGAGAACGAGGAGCGGGAAGAUGGAACGGACAAACUGGACUUUCUCUAUUCAGGUUACCACCCACGACCGGCAGCUUACUGUACCUUUGGAAGUCGACUGAUGGGGAGAGGCUUUUACUCCUUUGAUAGGCGGUGGGACAGAGUGCGAUGCGCCCUGACCACCAUGAUGGAAAAGCACGUUAACUCUCAGAUGUGGAAGAAAAUCCCCCUGGCCUUGGAGAAUUCCUCUCUCACAUCCCUCCACAGGACAAGCACAAAUUCCCACGGUAGCACUCCCUCGUCAGGCUUCCUGAGCCCCCCGGCGACCUUGCCCCAAAGCCCCUACAGCCAAUCUGUCGAGAGCAAGUCAUCGCUCUCCUACGGGACCACCUUAAACGCUCACAGCUCCCUCCAGGGCGGGCCUGAGCACCCGGCCUAUGGCACCACGCAGGCCAGACAAGUGUCUUCGUUGCCGCAGAUGCCUUCAGCCCACUUGUCCUCAUCCUCGUCGUCUUCAGCUGCUUCGCUAGCCUCCGGCCGAGCGCUGAAGUCGCGUUCAUCCAGCAGCAGCAGCGCCGCUACCAAAUCAUCUUCCUCAUCCUUCAAGCCCAAGGAGCUCUCCUCUGGCUCCUCUGCGCCCGUCGUACCGAACUCCACCAGCGGGGGUAGCGCCGGAGCGAACAACAGUAGCAGCACUAGCUUCAGCUCGGGAAAGAAGAGGAAGAACAGUUCUCUCCUUUCCUCAUCCCAUUGCUCUUCUGACUCCUCUUCUUCGUACGUCGGUGCCCCUUCGUCAUCCUCCUCCUCUUCGUCGUUCAAGAAGAACUGUGCAAACGCGGGCAGCUCAGGGAGCACCUACCACCACGGCUCGUUGGGAGCUUCGUCUUCGCUGUCCUCCUCCCACAGUGGCGUUCACAGCGUGGGGCUGAACUGCGGCCCCAGCGUGCGGACCAACUCGCUCAGCCUCAAGGCGGAGCCUUCGGCGGGCGGCUCGUCGGGGCCGCCGGCGCGGGGCCCGCCCUCGGGCAGCCCCGCCGAGUCCAUAAAGCGCAUGAGCGUGGUGAUGAACAGCAGCGACUCGACACUCUCUCUGGGGCCGUUCGUCCACCACCAGCCCACCUCGUCGUCGGACCACCACGCCAACUUCAGCCACCACUCGGCAGACGGUCGCCUGGAGGCCAAGAAGCGAAAAAGCUCCUCCGCCUCCGGCGGCGUCAACAGCGGAGGCGGAGGUCUGGGUAGGGACGGAGCAGCAGGAGGAACCGGACCGGGCCGGCCCAAAAUGACCAAGUCCCCCGCUCUUAACAACAUCCACGGGAAGCACAGCCGGAGCAUUCCAGGGACGCCGGGUCUGCCCAACAACUCUCAUUUACAUCAGCCAAAAGCUCGUCCCUGACAGCGACUUCCUGCCUCUGCGUUGGAAACAGGCGGACAGAGGAAAGUCCAGAGUGGUCUGCAAUCUGUUCUGGACUGCACUAGGCCUUGUGAAAUAAAAUCCACAUGACUCUCAGCUUCCCACAAUCCUCAGGGUGGAGAUGAUCUGGACUGCCCAGUGAAGUAGAUGUGGUCCUUACUAUUUCUCCCAAAGCCAUGUGUGCAUCAGGUGCGUGUGUGUGUGUGUGUGUGUGUAUGCGUGUGUGCUUACAAAGAGGUGGGCAGAGAUACUGAAUGCAAAGCAGAACCCCCGCGCCCCACCUGCGCCCCUCUGCCCCACUAAAUCCAAGAGGUCUUCCCAGCUGUUUUGGAGAUGGAGGGAACACAACAAGCCGAUCUAUUUCCGUUCGAGUUCAAGAGCGAGUGUGUAAACGUGCGUGUGUUUUUAUUUCUUUUUUAUAUUACUCCUCCGCCCCCCUACAUGUUAAAUUCUGCUGGAGUCCCCAGCUUUAUUCCACCCCCAUCGCCUGAUCUCAGAAGCCUUGCAAGGAGAGCCGGAGGAGACUCAACGUUUCUAAUUCCAACACCUUAAAUCACAACAUAACUACUUUUUAAAAUGUCCGUUACUGUCCGACGCGUUCGGUGACCGAGGGUUACACGCAGUCGCCCCCUAGCGGAUAAUCUGGUCAACUCUUCUAAUCAUCCAGAAUAAUUAUGCAAGUGUUACCUUUUUUUCUGAUUUCUAAUGAGCUUUGUUUUUUUUUUGUUUGUUUUUUUUUUUUUAACACUGGACUACAAAGGGUCUUUGUAGACUUGGUGAAGACGGUUGUGCUUUUAAAUGUGAAAAAGGACACCUGAUGUGCCCGUUGGAUCGGUUCUUUUGUCAGCGAGAAAAGCCUGUCCCUGAGGGGACGUCUCAGUUUCCUGAAUCUAUACAUUGUACAAGAAAAAACAAAAACACAAAACACAGCGACAGUAGACCUACCCUCCCACCCCCGAACUGUGAAGCGCACUAAAUAAUUGUGCUUAGCUGUCCACAAAGCUCGCCAAAAAAACUGCCACAGCUUUGCCAACUACUUUCUAUUAUAAGAGGAGAAGGGUGGGGGUGGGGGUGUGGGGCAGGGGAUCGUUAAAGCCACAACUUCCCUACUGUAUCCCUACAAAGCGGUGUGAAAUUCUCAGCCAUGUGUGGACAGAUGUGAAUUGUAAUGUUUUCCACAUGGAAUCAGGUAAAUGGUACGUCUUAACUGGAACAAA